AUGCUCCCAUCUCUGACCACUUGGUCCUUUCUCUCCCUCGCUGCGUUGGGCACCGUUGAGGCGUAUUUUCUCAUGGGCGCGAACGAUAUCACCACCGAGAGAAUCGAUCCUAUAGUCAAUAAGGGCCGGAUCGCCUCCCACGUUCAUACGGUAUUCGGGGGAAGCAACUUCAGAAUGUCGACCAACACCACGUUUUUGAGAGAAAGCGAAUGUACAUCCGUUCCCAUUGUAGAGGAUAAAUCCAACUAUUGGGUCCCGACAAUGUAUUUCCAGUACGCUACUUAUUUAGAUGGCGGAGAGGGUUGUUCGCUUGCUCAUAUCGAUUGA